AAGAGUACUGUGAAGGCCAACUCUACUUCACUGUUGGCAAGACAAGCUGCACCAAUAUGUUGCUAUCUCAUCUCAUUUCCUUGCUUGGAUCUGCAUUGCCCUGGCUUCUCGCGGUAACAGGCUUAUUUUUGUAUAUUCUCUACAAAUAUUUUGCAUCUGAGAAAAAACCUGUACCUCCAGGCCCAUCAGGUAUCACGCUGUUCUUCGACAUUUUGAAAUCGAUAAAAGGAGGAACUCUACAUUUACUGGGGGAGAAGUGGGCCAGACAGUAUGGAGACAUCGUCAUGUGCAGGACCAUCAUCGGCAACUUGUGUUUCCUCAACUCGGCGAGACUUGUCAGACAGGUGUUUACCGACAAGGAGACACAGCUCAUCGCCAACGAUCGUCCACAUACAUUCACUGGUGCUGUAUUGUCAUAUAAGUUCAAGGAUGUGGGAUUAAGUGAUGAAGUCAAAACGUCAGAGUGGUCCAAGAUAAGAAAACUCUUUCAUUCCACUCUCAGGUUCUAUGGAAGCGGUGUGGAGACGCUUGAGGGGACGCUGCAAACAGAGUUACAUAACUUGACUGAGACCCUGGAAAUACAAACAAAAAUGGUGGGUGAAAAUAACCGCCAGAUUCCAUUAGGAUGCUGUGAACUGGAGAUGGAACAUUUCCUGCCUAUUUCUAUUCGACGUGUCCUAGCAACUUUGAUCACAGGUGAAGCCCCAGGUUCUAAAUUACCACAAAUGGUUGGAGAUUUGGCAGUGUGUCUACAGAAAAUAAUAUGUCCUACCACUGACAUUCUUGUAUACGCUCUUCCAUUCCUACGGUUUCUCCCUGGAACCUACUACAAGGAGCUGUGUGACAGGACGCUCCAGUGCCGAGACGCCUUCAUGGAAGAGGUCCUCACCAAAGGAAAAGCUAAUCACGUGCCUGGUAAACCGAAGGGGAUGCUGGGUGCACUUCUCGAUGAGCAGAAGAACAGCGACUGGUUUACAGACGACCAUAUACGGGGAAUGCUUGUUGACAUUGUUAUCGCUGGGUAUGCUACUUCCACUGAGCUGCUCAAGGGCUUCUUCCUGUACAUGGUUCACCAUCCUCGAGUCAUGAAAAAAGUUCAAGAAGAGAUAGACAGGGUCUUGGGACAAAAAAUACCUUCUCUUGAAGACAGAAGAAGCCUGCCCUUCACAGAAGCGGCCAUAUUGGAAGCACUUCGAGUUGUUAGUGCUGCUCCGCUAUCUCUCGCACACGAGACAAGAGAGGAUUUCACCACUGACGGUUUUUUCAUUUCCAAAGGGACGAUUAUAUUUGAGAACAUUUGGUCGAUGAACAGGGAUCCAACAGCAUGGGAGGACCCUGAGGUAUUUCGUCCUGAGCGUUUCCUAGACGACGAGGGUCAGUUGCUGCCCCCUACUCACCCUACACGAUGGAGAUUUCUUCCCUUUGGGAUUGGAAAGCGCAGCUGUCCGGGGGAGAACUUCGCGCGCUCGCGGGCCUUCCUCUACGUCACAACGCUCUUACAGCAGUUCGACUUCCUCCCGCCUGUCAACCAUGAUUUGCUUCCCCUGACACCAGAUUCGUGGACAGAGGGUGUAGUCCUGCAGCUCAAGCCAUGCUACGUGACAAUAAAGAGAAGGUCACAGUAGUCAUACACGGGUAAAAGGCUGGUAGCGAAUAGGGGACACCGAUUUGUCUCCUUACCUUUGUCACGCAUAUUUGUUUACUGCUUCAGAAUAAUUGUGUCAAAAUCUAACACAUUUGUGGAGCAAACGCCUGCUGUGCUGGAAUUGUCUGUAAUCUUUCCUUUGUAUGGCAAUAGGAAGUGAAGUAAAAUGUUUAGGACAAGCUGACGAUGGUUUUAUAACUAAAGUAAAAUUGAAACAUAAACAGUAUCACUGACAGGACAGUUUAUAAUGUAAAAUAUAUCACAUUGCAUAAAGAUAACUGCAAUUUAUGAAUUGUUUCAGUAAUGUAACCAUAUCAGUAAAACAAAUCUACCAAUAAACAAGAAACUUACCUUUCAGUCUCUUAAAGCUGUAAAAUGUGAUAUUAUACAUUUUGUUAUUCGAUUGUUACAGAUAAAGUUCGGCUUCAGAUCAUGGUUAUAUGUCAAAAAAUAAUGCCUUCACAGUCAAAUUACUUGGGGUACCCUAUAUGUAUCAUGUAUCCGAUGCUGUUCUUGGCUGCAACACAAGUCAGUUUUAUUUACCUCCUUGAUAUUUACUCAUUCAUAGUUUGUAGAUACAUCUCUAUUACUCCAGUACAUCACCUACACCUUUAAGCAUUGUUGUUUGCUCGUAACGCAAUUCUAAGCGUGGAAACACUUGAUUGUCUCCAUCUCCACAGUCACCACAAUUGAAACGGUUUUAUUAUAUCUCAUUGAAUCCGAGUGUUUCAGGGCCUCAAAGUGUUGUGGCGUUCGCUCAAAGUAAAGAAAAUAUUGCAUGUGAUGUGGGAAUUCUUAUAUGAUUGUUGUCUUAUUGUAUUUUAGUGUUUCUGCUGACAUCUGUAGCAUAGUUUCUGCAAGAAUCAAUUUCUUUUAUUUUUGUAGUCGUUUCUGUACUGUAUCAAGCAGACUAUUACUAGAAAGGACUCACCUGCGUUGCUCGAGUGGUGUCCCUUUGACUGGCAGGCUGUCAGCACUCUGCACUGAUCAAAGAUUCGGUGUCCUUAAAAAGGGAGAUAAUUAUUGUGAUGCUGCUGGACGCUCUUUGUCUCUAUCUUUCGGUAUGCCAUACUGUUUUUUGUUUUGUUUUGUUUUUUGAAAAAGAAACCUCUUUGACAUGUGCAUAAAAAUUUUUCCUUUAGUCUGUAAAACAGAUGCAAAUAAUAAACCAUGUGACCUAUCCAUUGGAAUGUUAUAAACUCCGCCGUGGUCUUGGUGCACAGAGAGACAGUACCGGGUCAAAAUAAUCUUGUCGCUAUCAUGCUUGCAUUAAUAAUAUGUAUCUUGUAUCACAUAAUAAAAAUGAUGAAAACAAAACCACUUGCCAGCAAACAGAAAUUAAAGCGCUCGUGACGAUAAUUUGGCCGACCAUGUUUUCCUACAUUAAUUCGCAUUUUAUUCCUCUACAUUAAAUAUAUCGCCUUUUCACUAUAUCGCGCUCGUUCUUAUUAUAUAUAAAUUAUCAUAGGAUAUCCGCAACAGUCCGGACAUCUGGCGUGUGUCUGUUCUAGAAUAUUCCAUUUAGUUAGUAUAUCUGUUUCACAAAACACUCUCACAUUCAUGUAAACAUGCUAACACAACAAUCUGUGCCAGAUAAACACAACUAUGCUUCAGUCUCAUUCAAAGUCACAGGAGUGCGAGUCCAAUUGCCAAGCAUUCAAACCAAGUAGGGCGCACAUGCUUGUGCAAGCUUAAGUUCAGACCCAUGUCCCACUACUUUUAAAGUUACAUUUAAAAGGAAUAAGUAACAUGACCGACCUUGAACUUAGAUCAAUCUUCUACAUUUUGUUCGUUUUUCGACUGCUGCUGUGCUGUUUUCUUUGUGUGUAAUACCAAUGAUAGUGAGCAAGGUCCUUAGUAGGUAUUUUUAUUCUGUUUGGAUGUUUGUGUCCGUUAGCAUUAGCCGACAAGAUGGAGAACAGAUCUUUAUUUAGGCCCGGGUCCUGGCUUCACUACUCUGGGGAGCUCUUCUUUUUUCUUUCCUUUUUCUUUCUUUCUUUUUCUCUUUCUUUCUUUCU